AUGCUUGAGCAUAUGCACCAAAAGAGCUCAAUAUGUGUCUUUGGUCUUUCUUGUUUCUUGAUUCUUUUAGUCACUUUUCCUAAAGCUUUUUCUUUAGUUCACCCCAUUUCGGUGAAGGGAAAUUAUUUCCUUGAUAGUGUCACCAAUGAACCAUUUUAUAUUAAAGGGGUAGAUUAUCAACCAGGAGGAUCUUCAGGUGUAUCUGAUUCUGUUGAUCCUCUUUCUGAUCCUCAAACAUGUGCUAGGGACAUCUUGUUAUUCCAAGAUCUCGGAAUUAACACUAUCAGGGUAUAUUCCAUAAACCCCGAGUUGAAUCAUGAUAUUUGCAUGACCAUGCUAGCUGCCGCCGGAAUUUACUUGGUUCUCGACGUUAAUUCACCGUCACCGAACCAACACAUUAAUCGGUACGAACCUUGGCUAACCUACAACCUCGAUUACUUGGAACAUGUCUUCAAAGUUGUGGAACAGUUUUCCUAUUAUAACAAUACACUUGGUUUCUUUGCAGGCAAUGAGAUUGUUAAUGAUAGAGUAUCAUCCAAAAAUUCACCUGUUUAUAUUAAGGCUGUUAUCAGAGACAUGAAAUCCUACAUCGAAUAUAAUUCCCCACGUCAAAUACCAGUUGGAUAUUCCGCUGCGGACGACUUACUGUACAGAGUAUCUUUAUCGGACUACCUUGAAUGCAUUGACGAGCAUCCAAAUGAUUCUGUUGAUUUCUAUGGUGUGAAUUCUUAUCAAUGGUGCGGUGAGCAAACCUUUUACACAAGUGGAUACAAUGUUUUAGUUGAUGAUUAUAGUUCGUACAGUAGGCCCGUAUUCUUUUCAGAAUAUGGAUGUAAUGAAGUAACCCCCAGACAAUUCGAAGAGGUUCAAGCUUUAUACUCCAACGAUAUGAUUGAUGUAUUUAGUGGUGGGCUUAUCUACGAAUUUACUCAAGAGCCGAAUAAUUAUGGUUUGGUUGAAAUUGAAGAAGAAACCGGAAAUGUCAAGUUAAAGGAAGACUAUUUGUCACUUAAAUCUCAGUUUCAACAAUUACCCGAAUUGGAUCAUUUACAAGUUAACUUAAACAUGAAGAAGAAUGCAAAAGAAGCUCAAAAUAGAUUGAAAGCUUCACAAUAUUCUCAGCCAAGGUGCUCUGAAACCUAUCAAAACUUGGAUGUAUCCAAGGGAUUGCCAAAAAAUAUUGCAGAUGGGCUAAUAGAAGCGGGUGUGCAAAUUCAGAGAGGUCAGUAUGUUAAUCUUAAAGAUAGUCAGCUAAAGUCAGGCUAUUCUUACACUACUUCAAAUGGAAAGCCAUAUUCCAUUAAAGGUUCAAUUCAAAGAGUUGUUGAUUAUUCGAGUUAUUCUUCAGAUCCCUUAAAGAAAGUGCCAAAAGAUUUUGAAAAUUGUAUGUAUGACAACGAUCUUAUUCAUGACUACGAUGAGGAAAUAAUUACAAACGGUAAUGGAUCAUCAAUUCAUAUAUUACCUAAACUUCUCCAAACGAUAGAGUCUUGGCUCCAUAAAUUUAAGAAGAGUAAUACAUAA